AAUAGUGAUUGUGAUAAAUCGAAAAUUCUUCCUCCUCUUAUACACGAAAUUUACAAAAGUUUGCCAUUGCUCCAAUAAAAAUAUAUAUUUCGGAUGAAAAUAAAUGUGUGUGAGAGAAAUAUUGGGUUCAGUGGAAAUGCAAUAGUGGAUCUAAGCUAAACGAGCCAUUGAAGAGAUAUAUCUGCUAUAUAAGUGUGUAAAAGAAAGCAUCUGUUGAGCAAUGUUAAUCCGAAAACAUACACACUCAGCUCUUAUGCUCUGAUGGGAAAAAGGAAAUAAUUUUUCCUGUCAAGCGGAUAUAAUACUGAUGUCCCAAUAAUUGUGCAGAUAAACAAGUAUAUUCGCAAGUGAUUUAUGAGGUUUUGUUCUCAUCGCAACAUUUGAAGCUUAUGCACAUUAGUGUAACAGGAGACUCAAUGCGGAACCAUGGAUGAUGCCGCUACUGCCAAUAAUGAGACGGAAAAUGCUUCCAAUAAAGUGAAACCAGCCGUUCCUAAGAAACCUCAAAGAAGACCUGGAAACAAACAACCUGACCGUCCUGAAAAUGUGCUGUUCUGUUUGAGCCUUAAAAACCCUUUGCGUGCCUUUUGUAUAAAAAUUGUAGAUUCAAAAUUAUUUGAAUAUUUUAUUUUAUUAACAAUUUUUGCAAAUUGUGUGGCUUUGGCUGUAUACACCCCAUACCCAUCUGGCGACUCAAAUAUUACAAAUCAAAUGCUGGAAAAAAUUGAAUACAUCUUUUUAGUUAUAUUUACCUCCGAAUGUGCUAUGAAAAUUAUUGCGUAUGGAUUUGUACUUCACCCAGGAUCUUACCUUCGCAACGGAUGGAACUUUUUGGAUUUUUUUAUCGUCGUAAUUGGUAUGAUAUCUACGGCUUUAUCUAAUCUUGUCAAGGAGGGGUUUGAUGUAAAAGCUUUAAGAGCGUUUCGUGUUUUACGACCUUUGAGAUUGGUUUCUGGUGUUCCAAGUUUGCAGGUUGUCUUGAAUUCAAUUUUGAAGGCAAUGAUUCCGCUGCUUCACAUCGCUCUUUUGGUACUUUUUGUAAUAAUUAUCUAUGCUAUUAUUGGUUUGGAGCUGUUUUCGGGCAAACUUCAUAAGACUUGUCGACAUGCAAAAACUGGUGAAUAUCUGGAUGAUUUGGACGAACUUCACGCAUGUGGCGUAGGUUUUAAAUGCCCAAAAGGAUAUGAGUGCUUUGACGAGUGGGUUGGACCCAAUCAUGGCAUAACGAAUUUUGACAACUUUGGAUUAUCGAUGUUAACAGUUUUUCAAUGUAUUACAUUGGAAGGUUGGACAGACGUACUGUACAGUAUUCAAGACGCAAUGGGAUCAAGUUGGGAAUGGAUAUAUUUUGUCUCUAUGGUUAUAUUGGGUGCUUUUUUCGUCAUGAACCUAAUUCUUGGUGUGUUGUCCGGUGAGUUCUCCAAAGAAAGAACAAAGGCAAAAAAUCGUGGAGAUUUCCAAAAGCUCCGAGAGAAGCAGCAAAUAGAAGAAGACCUGCGAGGCUAUUUGGAUUGGAUUACCCAGGCGGAGGAUAUUGAACCCGAUUCUGAUGGCCAGAUAAUAACAGAUUGUCAAACAAAGAAUGCCAGUGAACUAGAAUCCACCGAGAACUUAAAAGACCACGAACAUGAGACUCAGCAAACCGAGUCAUGGUUUCGGAUAAAGAAAAAAGCUGCAGAACGUGUUAAUCGUCGUUUACGCAGAGCUUGCCGAAGGGCGGUAAAGUCACAGGCCUUCUACUGGCUUAUUAUUGUAUUAGUAUUUCUCAAUACCGGUGUAUUAGCUACAGAACACUAUAUGCAACCAAUUUGGUUAGAUCAAUUCCAAGAAUAUACAAAUAUAUUUUUUAUUGCGCUAUUUACCUGUGAAAUGAUUUUGAAAAUGUACAGUCUCGGCUUUGAAGGGUAUUUUGUAUCCUUGUUUAAUCGUUUUGACUGCUUCGUCGUGAUAGGCAGCAUUACCGAAAUGGUAUUAACAGGCAGUGAAUUGAUGGCACCCUUAGGAGUAUCAGUUUUGCGUUGCGUGCGUUUGCUUCGGGUGUUCAAAGUAACAAAAUAUUGGCAUUCACUUUCUAAUUUAGUAGCUUCUCUAUUGAACUCCAUUCAGUCGAUUGCAUCUUUAUUGCUGUUGCUCUUCCUGUUUAUUGUCAUUUUUGGUUUGCUCGGCAUGCAAGUGUUUGGCGGUCGUUUUACAUUUAAACCAGAAGAGGAAAAACCCCGCUCCAACUUCGACAGCUUCUAUCAAAGUUUACUAACUGUCUUCCAGAUACUGACAGGUGAAGAUUGGAAUGUUGUUAUGUACGACGGAAUUCGCGCUUAUGGAGGUGUUUUCUCUAUUGGGAUACUCGCCUGUGUAUAUUAUAUAAUUUUAUUCAUAUGCGGCAACUACAUUCUGUUAAACGUUUUCUUGGCCAUCGCUGUGGACAACUUGGCAGAUGCUGACUCCUUAUCCGCCGUAGACAAGGAAGAGGAGGAACAGCCACAGGAGAAUAUGGAUAUUUGCCAAAAUAAAUCCCAUACUCCGAGCAUUGAAGAUGGCGAAUAUGCCGAAACUGACCAAGAACAAUACAAGAUAGAUUCCGAAAUGGAUUUUGAGAGGUACAUAAAUGAAGAUUCAUACGAGGAGGGAGACGGAGAUAUAGAAAUCAAUCUUGCUGGUGCAAGCGAUAUGCCACCUAGGGUCUCUUCACUUCCUCGUCGGAUGACUAAUGCAAACAUUAAUGAACAAAAAAAAUUAAUCCCUGAGGGAAGCGCGUUUUUCAUUUUUGGCCAAAACAACAGAUUUCGAGUUUUCUGUCAUUGGUUAUGCAACCAUAGCAACUUUGGUAAUUUCAUUCUUUGCUGCAUUAUGUUUUCUUCUGCGAUGUUGGCUGCGGAAAAUCCCCUCAAAGCGGAUGCAAGUAGGAAUAUUGUUCUAAAUAAGUUCGAUUACUUUUUUACGGCUGUUUUCACAAUAGAACUGGUGUUAAAAUUGAUUUCAUAUGGCUUCGUUUUACACGAUGGAGCCUUCUGUAGAUCUGCAUUUAAUUUGUUAGAUCUGCUAGUCGUCUGCGUGUCUCUAAUAUCAAUUUGCUUCAAUUCGAAUGCGAUUUCAGUCGUGAAAAUAUUGAGAGUCCUACGUGUGUUAAGGCCACUUAGAGCUAUAAAUCGUGCAAAAGGUCUUAAGCAUGUCGUUCAGUGUGUCAUAGUUGCUGUAAAGACAAUUGGUAAUAUUGUCCUUGUGACAUGUCUUUUGCAAUUCAUGUUCGCUGUCAUAGGAGUUCAGUUAUUUAAGGGAAAAUUCUUCAGUUGUUCAGAUGGUUCCAAGAUGUACAAGUCGGAUUGCCAUGGCACCUACCUAUUUUAUGAAAAUGGUGACAUAAACAAACCUAGAUUGAAGGAACGGGAAUGGAAAAAUAACAAGUUUCAUUUUGACGAUGUAGCAAAGGCGAUGUUGACGCUAUUUACAGUUUCUACAUUUGAAGGAUGGCCUAACCUUCUCUAUGUGUCAAUUGAUUCUAAUGAAGAAAACGGAGGACCAAUCCAUAAUUUCCGACCAAUUGUGGCGACAUAUUAUAUAAUUUACAUUAUUAUUAUAGCAUUCUUUAUGGUUAAUAUUUUCGUUGGUUUCGUUAUUGUGACUUUUCAAAAUGAAGGUGAACAGGAAUAUAAAAACUGUGAGCUCGACAAAAAUCAAAGAAAUUGCAUUGAAUUCGCGUUAAAAGCCAAACCAGUGCGGCGUUAUAUUCCGAAGCACAGUAUACAAUAUAAGGUGUGGUGGUUUGUCACAUCGGCAUCCUUUGAAUAUUCCAUAUUUGUUCUGAUCAUGAUAAAUACAGUUACACUCGCCAUGAAGUUCUAUAAACAACCGGACUACUAUUCGGAAAUCUUGGACGCAUUAAACAUGAUAUUUACGGCUGUCUUUUCCCUGGAAUUUAUUUUCAAGCUAGCAGCAUUUCGAUUUAAAAAUUAUUUCGGAGACGCAUGGAAUACCUUUGAUUUUAUUAUUGUGCUAGGAAGUUUCAUCGACAUUGUCUACAGUGAAAUAAAGGCAAAAGAACAAGCAUUGGCUAGUUGCGAUGGACAAUCAUGUAAUAGAAACAAGGGUGGAUCUACUAUGAUAUCUAUUAACUUUUUCCGACUGUUUCGUGUUAUGCGGUUGGUUAAGCUGCUGAGCAAAGGUGAAGGCAUCCGAACAUUGUUGUGGACUUUCAUAAAGUCAUUCCAGGCCCUUCCUUAUGUUGCUCUCCUGAUCGUUAUGCUAUUUUUCAUAUAUGCUGUAAUUGGAAUGCAGGUCUUUGGAAAAAUUAUGUUGGAUGAAGGAACAGCAAUUAAUCGUAAUAAUAAUUUCCAAACAUUUCCACAAGCCGUUUUGGUUCUGUUCCGGUCGGCCACUGGUGAAGCCUGGCAGGAAAUUAUGAUGGAUUGCUCACCAAGAGAGGAAGUCAAAUGUGACCCUGAAUCCGAUGCUACCUCCAAUUGUGGUUCUAGCAUAGCGUUCCCAUAUUUCAUAUCAUUCUACGUACUCUGCAGUUUCCUUAUUAUAAACUUGUUUGUCGCUGUUAUUAUGGAUAACUUCGAUUACUUAACGCGCGAUUGGUCAAUUCUGGGUCCUCAUCAUUUAGAUGAGUUUAUUAGGCUAUGGAGUGAAUAUGAUCCAGAUGCUAAAGGACGUAUUAAGCAUCUUGAUGUUGUAACACUCUUAAGGAAGAUCUCCCCCCCAUUGGGUUUCGGCAAACUAUGUCCACACCGUAUGGCUUGUAAAAGAUUAGUUUCAAUGAACAUGCCUCUGAACUCAGACGGAACGGUAUUAUUUAAUGCGACAUUGUUUGCAGUAGUACGCACAUCUCUUAGCAUAAAGACAGAGGGAAAUAUAGAUGAUGCCAACGCAGAGUUGCGAGCUACGAUAAAACAGAUAUGGAAGCGUACAAACACCAAGUUGUUAGAUCAAUGUGUUCCUCCUCCCGGAAAUGAUGAUGAAGUUACUGUUGGUAAAUUUUAUGCUACUUACUUGAUACAAGACUACUUCCGACGCUUCAAAAAACGCAAAGAACAGGAGGGCAAAAUGGAUCAAACUGAGAGCGCGUUAACCCUGCAGGCGGGUCUCAGAACACUGCACGAAAUUUCGCCUGCGUUGAAGCGGACCAUUUCAGGUUAUCUGGACGAGUUGGCAAUAGAAUCAGAUCCUAUGCACAGGCGCCACCACACAUUGUUCGGAAGAGUAUGGUCUUCAUUCCGAAGGCAGGACGGCUCCAACCAUCACACCAAAACCAAAGGAGAAACAAUUCCAAGGCGAGAAGGUAUGUUGCAGUUUGACACGAAGAUGAUGGCCAACGAGUCCCAAGUAAUUAACAGGUUAAACACAACAAAUGGAAGACAUUAUAACAGUGAAGGGAAUGCAUCUAAUUUAAGUGGAAUACUAUUGUAAGUCCGAUUAAUCUGAUAUAGAACCCCGUGAUAUGUGCAAAGGAAAAUGAAAAAUAUACCUGAUAAAAACAAAAGUUUGCGCUAAUUCCUUUUAAAGUUGGCGCAUCACUGCAAUAUGUCAUCCAGGUUAACUUUUAAAGGCAAUCAAUAGCUUUUGCCCUUUUAUCAAUUGUUAUAAUAAAAUUAUUUAACUACAAA